UGCGUUACAUCCGGGUCUUUGUUGGUUGGCAGCAGUGAAGAUGGCGGCGUCAGGGAGGAGUACAUUAUUAUCCUCCAACAACAGUGGACUAAACAGCACAGCCGAACAACCCAACACUGAAGACGAAGAUGGACAGGAUUUAUGGUCUGCUAUUCUGAGCGAAGUAUCGACGCACUCCAGAUCUAAACUACCGUCCGGGAAAAAUGUGCUGGUCAUGGGGGAGGUGGGUUCGGGGAAGACCACCCUAGUUGCUAAACUACAGGGUGUGGAGGACUUCCUGAAGGGGCGUGGCCUGGAAUACCUCUACUUUAGUGUCCAUGAUGACGACAUUGAUGACCAAACCAGGUGUAAUGCCUGGGUGUUAGAUGGGGAUCUGUACCAUAAAGGUCUGCAGUCUGUUGCUGUGCAACGAGAGGCGCUUGGUGACUCGUUGCUAUUGGUUACUGUGGACCUGUCGCGGCCGUGGGUCGCCAUGGAAUCGCUUCAGAAGUGGGCGGCUGUCGCUAGGGAACAUAUCGACAAGCUCCGGGUUCCCCCGGAAACACUGAGGGAGCUGGAGAACAGAAUGGCCAGACAGUUCCAGGAGUAUGUGGAUCCUGGCUGGGAGGAGAGCGCCACCCAGAGGAGGAGUGAGGAGGAGGAGAACGUUCUGCUGCCGCUCGGCGACAACACACUCACACACAACCUGGGACUACCCAUGGUGGUGAUCUGCACUAAGUGCGAUGCCAUCAGUACGUUGGAGAAGGAGCAUGACUACAAAGACGAACACCUGGACUUCAUCCAGUCAUACAUCAGACGCUUCUGUCUACAGUACGGGGCGUCUCUGCUGUAUACGUCGGUUAAGGAAAUGAAGAAUGUGGAUGUUCUGUAUAAAUACCUGCUUCACAGACUCUACGGUUUCCCCUUCCAUUACCCUGCUCAACUGGUGGAGAAAGACACAGUCUUCAUUCCGUCAGGGUGGGACAAUGAAAGUAAGAUUUCAAUCCUCCAUGAGAACUUCCAAACGCUGAAACCAGACGACAUCUUUGAGGAGGUCAUCGUCAAACCGCCUGUCAGAAAGUUUGUUCAUGAGAAGGAGAUUCAGGCUGAAGAUGACCAGGUGUUUCUGCUCAAGCUGCAGUCGCUGCUCUCCAAACAGCCUCCUGCAUCUGCCGGGCGACCAGGGGAAUCCAGCAGUAGUAGAGGUCCCAGUGGUUCUCCCAGGACCAGUAAUCGUUCAGCUGCAGCCAACGUAGCUAACACCAUGCCCCAAUCAGCAGGUCAGACCAGUGAGGGGGUGCUGGCUAACUUCUUCAACAGUCUUCUGACCAAGAAGGCCGGGGCAUCGCCGCCGGGCAACAGCACACCAGGGACUGUUCGCAAGUCAGGUUCUAAGCUGGGUCUGAGUGAUGUCCAGGCAGAGUUGGACAGGAUCAGCUGCAGAGAGAAUGAUGAGACCAGCAACACUAACAACCCUAACCCCAGUACUGAGACCAAUGAAGAACAGACAUGAAAGACCACCUCCCUCUUCCUCCCCCCUACCUCACCCCCCAGACCAGACGUGAAGAGAACAAACCUCACCCUCCACACCCCAGGCAUACCACAGACCAGACAUGAAAAAUCCACCUCCCCUACCUUACCCACUCCUCACACCCCCAGGCCAUACAUGAAGAGACCAGACCUCACCCUCCUCCCAUUCUCACCUCUCCUGACCUCCCCUCCUCACCCCCCAGUGAGACCACCGCAUACCAGACAUGAAGACACGUCAGCCCUACCUCAUUCCCCAGACCAUACAUGAAGAGACCAGACCUCACCCCAACAGACCAGAACAGAUUAGACAUGAAGACCUUCAGGACGGAGAUGAAGAGAUAUGGGGAUGGAGAGAGAGGGAGGGAGGAGGAAGAAGAGAGGGAUGGAGGGAGAGGGAGCAAGAGGGAGAGAGCAAUGGACAGGUAUGGGGAGAGAGGGAGCAGGAGGCAGAGAGAGGGAUGGGAGGGAGAGAAAGAGGACGUUAGGGAGGAAAGAGGAAAAAUAUAUAUUCCCCUUUCACCAGAUGAGGUGUUUAGGUUGAUCUUGAUACUGUAGGAUAUAUUGAAGGAUUUGUGUAUAUAGUUGACUGAGAUACUGUAGGAAGUGUAAGUGUGUGUGUGUGUGUGUGUGUGUGUGUGCGCGCGCAUGCGCAGGUAGGGAUGGAGAAUGUUAGACAGAGCCAUGUAAAGAGAGAGUUUGGCCCUUGAGGCUUCAACCAAAAAGCAGCAAUCUUAUGAGAUGUCGCAAAACUCUAUGGCAGACAUGUUGACAGAAUCAUAAACCAAGUUCACUAGUAUAACUAACAUAACUGACAGAAUCAUAAACCAAGUUCACUAGUAUAACUAACAUAACUGACAGAAUCAUAAACCAAGUUCACUAGUAUAACUGACAGAAUCAUAAACCAAGUUCACUAGUAUAACUAACAUAACUGACAGAAUCAUAAACCAAGUAUUAGAACUUAUAACCAAAGUCCUUAUGGAUGGAUGAAUGGAAGGUUCAUCCACUGAGGCAGACAACAAUAUGGCUUUUGGCCGGCUCUGAAGUGGGCCAAACUCUCUGUGACUGCUUUUAGAUGUAGAUAUAGAAGGGGAGGGGGUGUAGUUGAGCUUUAUUUGUACAGUUAGGAGAAGCACUAAUGGUUUAUAACCCAAUAGUUCAUGUAAGGAGGGAGGGAUGGCCGGGGGCACCUGGAGAGUGUACAGUCCCUUUGUCUUGCUGUAAUCUGAUUGGUCUGUUAUUUCAGAACUGUAACCUGAUUGUUGUGUUUUCAUUGUUCUGUGGUGGCAUUUGUAUCAUCAGGUCUAUAAUGAGUCAAAUAAAGGUGUAUUUAUUCUGA